AUGUCUCAAGCUAAUACUAAAUAUUUGGAAAUUCGAAAACGGGCUUUAAGGGAUUUCGAAAAAGCUCUUGAAUUCUCAUUAAAAAAAUUUAAUGAUAUUCAAAAGAAAGAUAAACACAUAGCUAUGGCUAUGAAUCAAUUGCGAUCUUCUUUUGAGAGAACAAUUAAUAGCUUAAAUGAUCACUUUAGUGAUUAUGAAAGUCCACUCAAUGUCAUACGUGCUGAUGUUGAAUAUGUUGAAUCCGUGUCAGUGGAAAAUGAAGUUGGUUCAUCACGAUCUAGUGAAACAUUAGCUAUGCUAAAUGAAUCAUUAGCCAUAUCAAAUAAUGUUGAAGUUGGUACAUCAUCUGGAUCUAGUAAAGCAGAGCAAAAUAAUAAAACCAAAGGCAAAGGAAAGAAAAGACAAGGCCUGCUAAAUGAAACACCAACCAAAAAUAUGAGAGAAGACCUGCCAAAGAUCCCUAUAAUCUAUGAUCUGUUAUUUGGAAGGAUUGCGACAGGCUAUCAUUCUAAUAAUGAAUCAUGGGAAAUUUUAGAAUAUUUAGAAGAUAUAGUAUAUGAGCCAAAGCAUAUUGAAAUGGGUGUGAAGAGUAUUGCUACCAAUAAAAGUUUGGCAGCAUAUUCUCUUGUGCUUGGGCUUCACAAACUGAAUCAAAUGAAAUUUUUAGCAGUAAACAAGCGCAUUGCUGAUGCAUUUGAAGCCUAUUUUGGAGCUUAUUAUCUUGUAUACGGGGAAUUACUUACUUGUAUAUAUCUAGAUAGCCUAAUGACCCCGCUACUAGACCUUAUACUUGAAGGUACCAAAUCUAGUAAAUUUGAUAUAAAAUAUUUAUACGAAAUUGCUUCGCAAUACUUUUCAAUGAUGGAUUUACGAUUGCAAAAUUAA